GAAAUUUAUAAUUUUUGUACUGUUGUAGCUUCUGAGAUGCAACCUGAAUAUAUCUUGCGGAAAUGGGCAUCUCUAGACACUGGAAAGUGCUGUAACACAGAUGCAAAAUCUGAAGAGGUCAUGCUGCAUGGUCCAAAGCUACGGCAUCGGGGUGAUUCCCAGCUUUUGGAAGAGAAACCGAGAACCAAAGAUGGGGCAUUGAUGAGAGAUGAUGAUCAAGUUAAAAAGGAAAGGUCCAAAUCUUUGUCAGUGUUUGGAACUCUUGUCUCACCGAAGCUUCGAGCAGCCCAACUCUCAUUUGAGACAGCUCUAGAGACACUAGUGAAAAUAGCGAACAUGCGUUCAUCAAUGCUAUCUGCAUUCGACCAAGUUUGUGCAGAGUUGGAAGCCAGCAAAAGAUGAAGAUGAACUGUUCCUUCAACUAAAACUUUCUAAUAGUUUCUUGGAAAAUAAUAAAACCCACCCAAAAUGAAAGUAAUAAAACUUGUGGUAGUUUCUUAAAGCCAAUUGAACCUGUAACGCAUUUCUAAUAGUUCCCCUUGGAUAUGGGAAAAGAGAGAUCAAAAUAGAAAGCAAACACCUUUUUGUUCUGAACUGUGUUUGCGAUGGUUAUUUAUUUGGAACAAUGGAUUUGUAAAAUUGGAGAAAGCUCUACAGUUUUUAUUUUUUCAUUUUAACAAAUUAGCACAAAGCAGCAACGUUGAGGUGGUCUGAAACUGGAAUAAUGCAUGUUGAAGGCGGGUGAGCCUUUCAGAGAUGAAGUGGGGAAAAAGAGUAUCAGAACUUUCUUUGUGCAAUUUGUGUUUGAAUUGUGUCUCUAAUACUUAUUGUGGGCUAUUUGCUGUAUAACCAUAAUUUCCAUUGGUUAAGCAUUGAUUUUCAUUCAA